CCCCUAGCAAUUCUCUAGCAAUCCUAACAGUAAAAGGAAAUUUUCCAGCAAGUAGAAAAAGAAAUUUCAGGAAAAAAAGAAAUUUUCUACUUCUAACAAAAAGGAAAUUCACAAUUCUGGACAGAUUAUGGUUUUAAUCAAAACUAGUAAUUUUCCUAAUCAGUUCAUUCGAUAUUUAAACAAUUACUCACAAUAUGGAAACUUGUUUAUCAAUCGAUUUAUGCAAAAAAGGAAAAUUAGGGUUUUCAGCAAUUUAACAAUUUUAAGAUCAAAUUCGAUUCUAAACAGUUCUAUUUACUCAAACAAUCAUCAAAGAUAAUUCAAGGUUUUAAUCUAGCAACCUAAACCUCAGACACAUCAAAAUCAAUCAAUCAAAACAGUCGGAUCAAUUUAGUUUUUUGAUAUUUCAGAUUUUCAAAACAUCAUAAAGGAAACAGAUCAUAUAAUUUAGAUUUAGGGUUUCAAUGCCCUUACUGAUCAAUCAAUGUUCUAGCAACCCUAACAGCCAUUGAUCUAUCAACUUAACAGGAAAAUAAUCUAACCAAAACUUAGUUCCAUAUGUUAGGGUUUCUAUUAUCCUAGAUUAGGGUUCUUCAAAUUUUAAUGGUUCAGAUCUUUAUCAAUCAACCAAAUUCAGUGUAGGUUCUUUUAAGUUUCGAUUUUUACCUUUAGAAACUUAUGGAGUGUAGAUUUGGACCACCAAAGAGAGAAGGAGGCCGCGAGCUGAUCGUUCUUCGAGUCGGGUCACGGACGGGCUACUUGCUUGGUCGGAUCACGAACAGGGAAGAAGGAGAACGUCUGGUUUACUUGAUCACGUCUAGAAAGAGCUAAUGUAGCAGAGCGUGACGGCGCGUCAGUGAUUGGAUCGACAAGCGGUUUGCAGCGUCUGAUUCGUCUCGGCGAGAGCUUCAAUUUGAUAUAUUGCUCGUCUGGGUCCUCACGGUUUGGGAGAACGAUCUCUUUGAAGUUCUGCCGGAAUUAGGGUUUUGUGAUAUUCGGCUGAGUUUAAGGAAUUUCGUGGGGGCUUAGGGUUAGAGGCUAUCGUGCUGAUAACGUGUUAUAAAAGAGAUGUUGUGAAAGCUUAUUAUUACUCAUGACCAGAGGUCUAUAUUUAUACAAGUAUUAGACCGUCUUAUUUAGACCGUCAUAAGAGAAAAGAAAAUCCUAUUCCUAAUAGGAAUAGGAAAUAAUACUUAUCCUAAAUACAUAUGGAAAAGGAUAAACAUCAAGUAUAGAUAAAUGUAAACUCUCAUUCGCCUAAGUCAUUAACGAAUGGGCCGGAUGGAUAGCUGAUGGGCCGGACGGUUUGGGCCUGAUAUCGAUCACCACUUGGUUUAUAACGUUAAGCUUAUUUAUUUAACUACUAUGGGCAUGUCCGCGCUUCGCUCGGAAUAUUGUUUUAUUGUUGUUAAUUAUUAAUUUUCGGAUGAUAUAGCUAGCUAAUUAUGUGAUCGUCUUUAUUUGCUAAGAACAUUAUUUGGUAUUUUUAUUAUGUUAUGUAGUAAUAGGUGAUAUGCUAACAUAUUAUGUGUUUGUUUUUUAAUAGUGUGUUGGUGUGGGUAUAAUAGUACCUUAUUAGUGGUGGAGUGAGUUUGUGAUGUAAUGCAUAUUGAAUUUCAAUAAUUUUACAUUUAGGCAUUUGUUGAAUUUAAGGCUAAUAGUUUCAGGGUAAAAAUUAAUAUUUUUUCUAAUUAUUUGAACAUUACUUUUUAAAGAUGUUUUGUGUUCUCUCCCUAUAUUUUUACAUUGAGCCGUCACCAUCUAUGCAUUUCGUUUACCUUUCCGUUAUGUUGUGAUUCUCGCCAUCACCGAAAAAGACUCACAUAUGUGCUCUUGUUUUUCCUCACCUUUUUAUCCUCUUUUUCCUUAGAUUUCGGCUCAUGUUAGGAACUGAAUCUCUUUGGGUUGGGUCAGAGUUUAGUCGUCUUUGAAGUUGUUUUCCUCGUCGUUGGCUUACCAUCGAUAGUCCCUUCUCGUCUUAGUUUUCAAGAUGUGGUUUUUGGUGAUCUGACUUCUAUAGCUCGAGGAUGGCUCCGCGAUUGAAUGAUUUCGUUUUGUCUACCCUUCCAUCUAUGUUCCCUCAUCUCGUUGCAACUUUCAUGGCUGCUUGCGUCUCUGUAACUCUCCCUUUCGCCAUGUUUGCCACUUCAGAUUUGGAUUGUGUUCUCCUCCGAAUAUGCUUUGUAGAUUUGGAAGAUUGUUUCUGGUCUCAAGUCUGGGCUCUGGUUUCUCGGGGGUUGGCUUCCGUUCUCCCUCACUCAGGUUGUUCUCUUCUUCCCUUGCUUCCCUUAGUAUAAGUGUGUGGUAUUAGUCUCUUGGAGCUUUGGUCUCUUCUAUCCAGAGUUUUGUGGUUCUUCACUUGCAUAGACGUCUUGUUUGUGCUUGUUUAGUUUGUGAGGUGAUUUUUACCUCUUAGCUGGUGGUUGUCCUUAUCAUUCGUUAUGUAUAUCUCUUCCUGCUUCGUGGUGAUUUUAGCCUUCUAUUGAUUAUUUUUCCUCUAACCCGCUUUCUUGGUUCUUUGCAUUGGUCUUUGAUCACGUUCCUUUGUGUUCAAGCGAUUGCUUUAUCUCAAGAUUAUCUUUCUACAUUUUUCUGACUUUUGAUUGUUCUAGCCAAGACACUCAAUGAUAAAAUAGAUUAUCAAACUUCAAAUGAUGAUAGUUAGUGUGAGAAGGAUUAGAUAGUGCAUAAUUAGAAAAUAAUGAACCAAAUUGCAAUAGUCUAAAAGAAGAAGGAUCUAAAAUGUAAAAAGACAAAAAAAAGAGGACACAUGUCAACAAACCUCCCUUCCACAUGUCAUAAGAAGAGAGAAAAGUCUACUUUAUAUAUAUAGAUUUUUCUGACUUUUGAUUGUUCUGGCCAAGACACUCAAUGAUAAAGUGGGGUAAGUUAAUUUUCGUCCUUGAUCGCCUUUGAGCUUUGGACCUUUAUUGAGUUAGUGUUACUUGGUAUUUUUUUUCUCUAUGAUUAUGGAGGUUUUAUGUUUAGAUUAUGUGUUUUGCUUUAGUUUGGUUAAUAUUAAGAUAAAUAUAUAGUUGUAAAUGAAAUAAUAUAAAAUAGUAAAAAUAAUAAAAUAGCGAAAGUUUAUGUUAUGUUUAGCAGUGAAUAAAUUAAAUAUUAAAAUACAUUUAUAUUUUUUUACUUAUUUCUUUAUUCGUUUUGCAAUUUUUUGAAUAAUAAAAUAGAUUAUCAAAUUUCAAAUGAUGAUAGUUAGUGUGAGAAGGAUUAGAUAGUACAUAAUUAGAAAAUAAUGAACCAAAUUGCAAUAGUCUAAAAGAAGAAGGAUCUAAAAUGUAAAAAGACAAAAAAAGAGGACAUAUGUCAACAAAUCUCCUUCCAUAUGUCAUAUAAGAAGAGAGAAAAGUCUACUUUAUAUAUAUAGAUAGAUCUUUUUCCAACAAUAGCUAUACUAUCAUAUUGUCACUCCGAACCCGAAAGCGAAUUCAUUGAAAAGAAAUCAACAUAAACCAUAGUAGAAUACUGGGUUCGGGCAUCACAUGGAAGCUUGUCAGUCAUUAUGUAUGAGUUUGCGUAAUUAUAGUUAUUGUAGAUACUGUUUGAAAGCAGAAAAAGAGAUCAAGACACUAGUUAUGCUUAACAAAACAGAACCCAACAAAGGUCACACCGAGCUUCAGAGAAUGGGGAUAGGUCUCGUGAUCACGGUAAUGGCGAUGAUAUCAGCAGGAAUAGUGGAGAUAUACAGACUGAAACACAAGGAGUCGGUUUCAAACUCGAGCUCAUUGAGCAUUUUCUGGCAAGUACCUCAGUACAUGAUGAUAGGUGCAUCAGAAGUGUUCAUGUACGUUGGUCAGCUUGAGUUCUUCAACAGCCACGCUCCAACAGGGUUAAAGAGCUUUGCAAGCGCGCUGUGUAUGGCUUCAAUAUCGCUAGGGAACUAUGUAAGUAGUCUGCUGGUGUCCAUCGUCAUGAAGAUCUCUACAAGAGAAGAUUUUCCUGGUUGGAUCCCUGGGAAUCUCAGCAAAGGGCACUUGGACAGAUUCUACUUCCUUUUAGCUGGUCUAAUCGCAGCUGAUUUUGUGGUUUACCUGGUUUGCGCGAAAUGGUAUAAGUAUAUCAAGUCUGAAGCAAGUUUCUCUGAGUCCAUGGUUGGUGAGGAAGUAUGAGUCAGUCGCAAAAAAAAAGUUUUGGGUCUUAUGCUGU